UGAGGGACGCGUGUUUUGAACUGCGUGUUAGCAACGGACAGAACAGACAGGCGAGGGGACCCGAGGCUCGUCUUUAUGACAAGUUUGUGUUGUUUUUGAUCAGUUUGAGAAGUCUGAAGCAAAGUUUGGAUUUAAAAAUGAGGAGGAGCGAGGUGCUCGCAGCAGAGUCUGUGGCUUGCCUGAAUAAAGCCCUGAUCCACCUGAAGGACAUCUGGGAGGAGAUCGGGAUCCCAGAGGACCAGAGACUACAGAGGACUAAUACUGUCAAGAGCCACAUCAAGAACUUACUGGAGAUGAUGAUCAAAGAGGAGGAGUCUCUGAGAACGAGGCUGAUGAGCAGCAUUGACACCUGCCGGAGAGAGAUGGAGAAAGUCUGCAUGGAGCUUCAGCUGCCGCUGUUUGAGGAGGAGAGUGGCAUCAGCAUGCUCCAGCAGGAGAAGAACAUCCGCACACAGGUGGAGGCUCUGCUGAAGGAGAAGAGUCAGCGGAUGCAGCAGCUGAAGGUUCUCCUGGACCAGGACCAGGACCUGUGUGACAUCCUGUGCUCCAUGUCUUUCGGCAUCGCGCCCGACUCUGUUCCCUCGCUGGAGCAGCUGGAGAACUUCCGUCAGCACAUCGCUAACCAGACUGAAGAGAAGGUGAGGAGGUAUGCUGAGUUCACAGACAUCAAAAAGCAGAUUAUCCUGCACAUGGAGGAGCUGGACCACAUCCCCGAGACCAGCUUUGAGAAGGACAUCGUCUGUGAGGAUGAGGACUCGUUUUGCCUCUCCAGAGACAACAUCACGUCCCUCAAACUGCUUCUCUGUCAGCUGGAGGAACGUAAAGCAGAGAACGAGGCGAGGUGUGAGAGUCACAGGGAGAAGAUCCAGAAGCUGUGGGACAGACUGCAGGUCCCGCAGGAGGAGAGGGAGGCCUUCAACGAUCACAUGGUCUCAUCCAGGAAGAGGAACCUAGAAGCAUUGCGAGCAGAAGUUCAGCGUCUGGAGGAGCUCAAGCUGCUGAACAUCCAAAAUGUUACGGACGCCAUCCGCUCUGAGAUGGCCGUGCUCUGGCAGAAGUGCUUCCUCAGCAUCGAUCAGAGGCAGGACUUUUCACCAUAUUUCAGCGAGGAUUUCACUGAGGAGCUGUUGACUCUGCACGACGCUGAGAUCCUGCGACUGAAGCAGCACUACGAGGAUCACAAAGAGCUCUUUGACGGGGUUCACCAGUGGGAGGACAGCUGGAGACUCUUCCAGGAGCUGGAGAAAAAAGCCACUGAUCCCUCCAGGUUCACGAACAGAGGAGGGAACCUUCUCAAAGAGGAGAAGCAGAGGUCUGAGCUGCAUAAAAGUCUGCCUAAGCUUGAGAAGAAGUUAAAAGCCCAGAUAGACGCCUGGGAGAGCGAGCAGGGUCGUGAGUUUCUGGUGAACGGGCAGAAGUUCCUGCAGUACGUGGAGGAGCAGUGGGAGCUGCACAGAAUAGAGAAAGAGACGGAGAAACAGGAAAGGCAUCUGAAGAAGAGCAAACAGAUGGAGGUGGACAUGCUGUACGGGACAACCGUACGGACACCGACCAAACGCAGGUUCCUCGGCACAACCACGCCGAACAAAACACGCAAGUUUAAUGCGACCUCCAGCAUCUCCAGUGCCACCUCUAACAGCACCAUGCGCUCUGCCAUUAGUGGAACUGUCUGUCGCUCACCUGUGCCCCGCCCACCUCUCUCCACAAACAAGACUCCAUCAGCACGAACUCCCGUCAACAAACCCCCCAACCCCCGACUGAAGGGCUGCGACAAGGAGAAUGAGCUCCGGCCGAAGGGGACCCCGCUGAGUGGUGCGUUGCUGAACUCAGCUAGUCCUCAGCCUAACUUCAGCAUAACCUCUGUUGCCAGCACAUAUUCCGAGUUUGUGAGGGACUUGGUCAACACUGAAUCGGUUCAGUCGAGCUUUAAUUACAUGCACAGUGAGAGGAGAAUCAGCCCUGCACUGCAUGUAAAGCAUGAAGCGAGACCUGUCCAAAGCCUCCAACGCCAAGAUCCAGCACGACAUCCUGAACUCCACCUCCACCAACCUCUGACCUCUCCGCUCUGAAGGUCACCGCAGCAGAAUCAUCGUCGUCCUUUUUAAGUUCUGAUUCCCUCCCAAGGGGAUGUCUACUUUCCCCUGCGCCCUGCUUUUAAAUGUAAAUGAAGGUAAUAAUAUAUUAAGUGUUACUGGAGAUGAACAGAGGAGCAGCUGUGUUCAGAUGCUGAGUGUGUGUCACUAAAACGUGUGUGUAUCAUGAGUUAACCUAACACUACUUUGGCCCUCUGAAUGUGUUGAUGUGUUAAAUGUUGUGGGGAUCUUUGACUGCACGUUUAAACUAAAGGAAGUUAUGCAAUCCGGGGUGACAGGCCAAAUGUAUUAUAAGUACUUUGCACUUUUUUUAUUCAUGAGAUAUAUCACAGUGCACACUCACUGUUUCAUCCAGAUCUGUUUUUAUAUUCGUAUGUGUUGUGUAUAUAUUUCUGUAUCCACUCUUUCUCUCUGUAGGACUGUUUGACGGUCUGUUAGCUGUUCAAACAGACAUUGUGUCAAACCUGAUUUUUGCUUUAUACUCUGAAAAUAGUUCAAUCACUUGGAAAAGCUUGUCAAAAUAUAAUAAAUGCUUUCUCACUUGA